GUACGAUAAUACGUUAAUCCUCUACCGGCUGGACUGGUGCUGGCCUUCCAGUAGGCCUCAAUGGGAUGUUUUGGUUCCUUCCGGGGGCAGAAGGAAGUCUCUGCCAAGCACAAAUUCGAGUACAUCGUGAGCAGGCCACACUCUACCCCCCUCAAUGUUUUUAUCUGUCGCUAAUGCGCUAUCCCUCUGCGAUAGAACCUCAAAGACUUCAAGGCAAACUCUUUCUUUACCUGCACAGCCUACGUGUGGGUCUACCUUAGCGUACUGAUAGCAUUUCUCUGCGUUGCGGCGGAUACAUACACUGCCAUAACCCUACUUGCAUUCAAUCGUUGGUCCAGCCAGAUCAGACCCAUUAUCCCGUUCGACGUCGCGAAGAUCAUAUUCGCUCUGUGUAUCGGGUUGAGUUACGUUCUCUACAUUAUCGACUGGUGGCAUGCGGUGGGAGUGAUCAAUAGGGGUGGCGUUGCGGAUGCGUACAUGGACUCCAUUGCCCUUAGGUGGCAUUCUAUCCGUGGGGGCGAGGGCAGGGAGGACACGGGAUGGAAGCGCUUUCUGGUUUUCGCGAGGUUGACUGAGAAGCGAGGCAGGAGGGAUUAUGUGGCCUUGUUCACAUACUUUUCUUUCAAGGGUAUAUGAUAUAAACCUCUGGUGCGUAUUUUGCACCGAAAGGAUCGCUAAUACGGGGCCAUCUAGGAUGGUUAAGAGUUCUCUUCGCUGAGGGGCCUAGAGUGGUGAUCAAUACCGCGACUCUGGUAUCUGUCAUCCGUGCGGAUCUGAUCCCGGAGGAUGCAACAGAAGCACUUGGCGCAAUAGGCCGGUUCUUCGAGAACGUCGGACAUCUCUACAGCGAGAAUAAGAUCCAAGCAUUGAUCCUAGGAGCAAUGACCUUCACUACAAUUUUCUGGUUUUUCACCAUCAUACGGCUCACCAUAGCGUGCAACAUGUACCUCUGCUACCUGCUGCGUGCCAUCGACGAAACUUCGCUGGAAGACUACUGCCGAAAAAGGGUUGAUAAGAGAAUGACCAAGAUAGUGGAGGAAAACCACAAACAGGGGUUGGGAAAGAACGUCUUCCGGCAGCCGACAAUCCCGGUUAUCUCCAUACCAGAAGAUACAAGUACCCCCAACAUCCGGAAUUCGCUCACCGAGAGCCCGGUCUCUUACCUUGGCCGCCAGCGGACAAUUCCGGAUCUGGGGCCCCGGGAGUUUCCCCCUCGGUUGAAACGCGCCGAUACAACAACUACCAUAUCGGGUUCAACAUACUCCCAAUCAUCUACUCCACCUCCACCCCAUGUUAACCAUUACUCAAUCUACUCUCCUCUUCACCCUCAACACUCGAUACAUAACUCUUACGAUAGCAACGCGCCGCUGAUUUCCGCGCCUGCUGAAAACCCAUACUCAGACCCUACAUUCCCCACGUACCCCUCCCCAACUCACCCCCCCCUCGGCGGCGGAUUCCCUGUCUCUCCCCAAGGUCAGCAACAACCGGUACCUGCAUACCAACGACCAGUGUAUCGCCCGGCAGCAGAGGCAGAGGUGCACCAAUGGCCCACGACAGGUCCGGCCAUUAGUCGUAGCACAACGGUGCCUCAUCGGGCGAGACAAUUGCAGGAGGUGGUUGCCAGAAGCGGGACUGCACCGCCGGGGCCUUGGAAUGAGGGAUGGGAUGGGCAGGGGCAGAGGGGCUAUUGGCCCCAAUAG